UCUUCUGUUUAUGGCUGCAUCCAAAUGCCCUUGUCUGCUUUCUCUGCCGAGCAGGAUGCUGUAACACUCUCCCUGUGUCGUGACAGAAUGAUAAUGGAGGAGAAAUAUGAAAAGGUUGAAGCCAGUUUUCAGAUCCAGGAUAGAUUUUCCACAGACAUCCAGAAGUUGCUCCCUGAAGUCACCUGCAUGACAUCAAGCAAGUUCUGUCUUGGAAACAAUUGAGAUUUGUUGCCUGUUGGUUCUUUAGACAUUUGAAAUGCAGAGAGCCAUUGCCCUGUUUUAUUUUCUAUCACUUCUAUAAGAUGAUAGAGACUGGGGUUGUAUGGAGGGAGAAUUGGAUGAAAAGAUUAUAAGAUGUUGCUAUGAGGAAAGGAGUCAGCAAUGACUGAUGUGGAACCUGUGGUCACAGAUUUUGCAGCAUCAGGACGGGCAGGCCGCCGGAAUGCCUUACCAGAUAUUCUGGGCUCUCCUGCUGGUGCUGGGACUUCAGACCUGCCACACAAACUGGCUGAGCUCUCUGUUUCAGAAGAUGAAGGAGCAGAGGGUGGAGAAGUGUCAUCAUCCAAAGCCUUGCUGGAAAGUCAAGAGGCGGAAGGAAAAAGCAGCGAUUCCUAACACCUAAGGACUGAUGGAUUAAUGAAACCGAUUGAUAAGACUUUCCAGUUUCCUUGUGACACCCCUUCUGAAGUGUGGUAGCAACUUUAGUAGCACAGACAAGAUUUUGCAGCACAUUUGUACCUAGGUGACAUUAAUGUGGAGCUACUGUUUUUUAUACAGCCAUCCUUCAAAACAAAUGUUCUUCACAUCCAAAUGGGAAAAAAACUAAAGAACGUAUCUCUUGUUUUGGGUUUUCUCAAGGUUAUAGUACUCAUCCUAACUAGUCUUCUUUGACGGUUUCAAUUAAUGUACCUAGUAGAUGUACCACCAACUAAUGAUUGCUUCAAAAUAAAAAUCCUGUCUCUUAAUUUCCCCAAAGAGCUUCUUUCUCUCUGACACAGAGGUAUAUUCACUCUCCCCACCUUAAGGUGAUAUUAAGUAUAUAUUAGAUUUCAGAUAUUAUCUGUAAUUUAUCUCCUGAGAUUUUUGUUCUUAUUAGGCAUAUGUAGAUGGGUGUGAGAAAUAAAAAGAGACUUCUUUUUUUCUCUCUUCCUCCUGUUUCCAAAAGGUUUGGUAAACUACUUCAACAUAAGUGUUUGCUUUCUAACUCUCUUUAAAUUUUAUUUGAUUAUGUCAAGUCAUCUCAGUUCUCCUGUUCUUAGCAGUCUUAAUAUUUCCAUCAUUUCUGGUUUUAAGCUGGAUAUUUUAGCUGUUCAUGUGUAUCUAAAAUAAAGUAGUCAUGUUUGUAAGUGAUGAAAAUUGUUUAAUCUCACUGUGGAAAUUAAAUAGCUAU